GCUUCAUGUCACACAUGCGUACCGAUAAAGUGAAUGGCACACGGGUGUACGAGUGACAGCAGAGUGGGGAGACGACUACCAGAGCUGACCCACGGCAGCUUGGAGGGAGGGAGAAGAAAGAAGAAGAGAAGGAGGAGAAGAAGAAGAGGAAGAAGAAGAAAGAGCGGGGAGCGCGUGGAGGAUGGAGAUGAUUUCCGCGGACGGUUGUAGUUGUUUCCCACCACCAGGCGUUAGGACGCUCCGGGAGUGACGGCGCUUUGAAUUUUGGCUCAGUUUUUCAAACUUCCAGCGACUGUAACGUGUACAAUGGUUACAAAUGGGUCCGAACUGAACAGCUCCUCCACUCACUCCACUGACUCAGUGCUCAGCCGCCCGCCGUGGGUCACCACUACUCUGGGCUGCUUCCUCAUCUUCACCAUCGUCGUCGACAUCCUGGGAAACCUGCUGGUCAUCUUCUCCGUGUACCGCAACAAGAAGCUCAGGAACGCAGGGAACAUCUUUGUGGUGAGCCUGGCAGUGGCCGACCUCGUGGUCGCCAUCUAUCCUUACCCUCUUGUUCUCACCUCCAUCUUCCACAAUGGCUGGAACCUGGGUUACGUCCACUGCCAGAUCAGCGGCUUCCUCAUGGGUGUCAGUGUCAUCGGCUCCAUCUUCAACAUCACCGGCAUCGCCAUCAACCGAUACUGUUACAUCUGCCACAGCCUCAAAUACGAUAAGCUGUACAGUGACAAAAACUCACUCUGCUACGUGUUGUUGAUCUGGGCUCUGACUGUGGUGGCCAUCGUGCCCAACCUCUUUGUGGGUUCACUUCAGUAUGACCCGCGGGUUUACUCCUGCACUUUCGAACAGUCGGCCAGCUCAGCGUACACCAUCGCGGUGGUUUUCUUUCAUUUCAUUCUCCCCAUCAUGAUUGUCACCUACUGCUACCUGCGCAUCUGGAUACUGGUCAUUAAGGUGAGGAGGCGGGUCAAACCGGACAACCGGCCGAAGCUGACGCCGCACGACGUGAGAAACUUUGUCACCAUGUUCGUGGUGUUCGUGCUGUUCGCUGUUUGCUGGGCGCCGCUGAACUUCAUCGGCCUGGCGGUGGCCAUCAAACCGGAGGUGGUGAUCCCCCUCAUCCCCGAGUGGUUGUUUGUGGCCAGCUACUUCAUGGCAUACUUCAACAGUUGCCUUAAUGCCAUUGUGUACGGUGUGCUGAACCAGAACUUCCGGCGGGAGUACAAGCGCAUUGUGGUGUCAGUGUGCACAGCUCGCAUCUUCUUCCAGGACAGCUCAAAUGAUGCAGGGGAGCGGCUGAAAAGCAAACCGUCACCACUCAUGACUAACAAUAACCAGGUUAAAGUGGACUCUGUCUGAUCAGGAACAGACGUGGAACAGACAUGACGCGACGUAUAUAUAUAUAUAUAUGAUGAAAAUACCAAAUAUAUUGAUAGUAACAGCUUCUUUCCUCUGGGCUGUCCACACACUCAUAUGGUGCUAUUUGACCUCUGAACAUUUACGGGAACAACAGGGCCACAUAUCGUCUUUUUCUUUCUUUUGUUUUAUCAAGCACUUUUGUCUGACUUUGCAGUAUCUGUAGUGCAGUGAAUAAUAUGAUGCCGGUUCUGUCCUCAUGUUUACAGUGAAGAUAUAAAUGUAUCAUGUAUUAUAUAUAUAUAUAUAUAAGUAUUUAUUUUGUAAGAAAUGUCAUGUAGAUAAAUAUUAAAGUAUAUCAGGUUUUCGGUGAAAUGAAAGACAAACUUUUGACACUAAAUUAAAUAACGCAAAGUUUAUAAAUCAAGUGAUUUUAAUAACCUUGUAUGUGACACUGUAACACUAAUUGAGUGCAAGCAAUGUGGGUUGCCGAUGUCUUAUUAUAUCCCCAUCAUUAGGUGGAUUAUAUAUUUUCAUACGAAAGAUCUCUUUCUCUCUUGUUCUCUUUAUCUAUCUCUUUUUUUUGCCACUUUGUGAGCUCAUUAUAUUGUAUGCAUGGAUAUCAGGAAUAGUUCAUAUGCAAAAUAAAAUCUGAUGAGGAUCUGCU